UUCCGGCUGGCAAUUCAAAAUGGCCGCCAGAAAGAGAACGCAAGAGGAGAAAAAUUUAAAAACUCUUCGAGAACUUGCCGCAUUACCUGCAAAUAAGCAAUGUUUCGACUGUCAUCAGCGGGGGCCAACGUAUAUAAACAUGACUGUCGGGUCAUUUGUCUGUACGUCUUGCAGCGGAAUUCUGCGAGGUUUAAACCCACCGCAUCGAGUGAAAUCCAUCACCAUGACAACAUUCACACCUGAAGAAAUAGAGCAGAUAAAAAACAAAGGAAAUGAGUACUGCAAGUACGUGUGGCUGGGUCUGUACGACUCUCGCUGCCCUAUGGAGCCGGACUCCAGGGACGAGCAGCGGACGCGGGACAUGAUGAUUCAAAAGUAUGAGCGCAAGCGCUGGUAUGUUGAGCCUGAGGUGGCCCUGCAGAGGAUGCAAGCGGACCAGCAGCAGCAGGGCAGAGCACAGCAGCAGCCUCAACAACAACCAACACCGCCACCACCGACUAACCAUGUGCCGCAUUCCAACUCUGCUGUCAUGCCCGAUACAAAGCCCCUCUCAAGUCUGCUGGGGAAGAACAGCCUCCCUCUAGUCAUUCAUAAGUCCCAGCCCACGACUCCUAGUUCUGCAACUUGGCCGACACCCAUUUCAUCAGCCGUUGCCACGACGACAACCAGCCAACCCAUGUUCAAGUCAAAUGUCGACAUUUUCGGCACUUUUAACAGCGACCCAUUCAACUCGGCCUCCGUAAACUCUACACCUACAGUUCCUGCGAAACCUGCAUCAUUUUCUGCAAAUGGAAACUUUGCAAAUUUUGACACAGUUUUCUCAUCUGGAAACCAAGAGCAAGCACCUGUGGUGUCUCACACUGGAGUGACAAACAGUGUAAACAGCAACCACAUCGGGGACACAAGCACUGGUGGUGGCUUUGUAGCCUCCUUCCCGCCAAUGCCAAGUGCGCUAACUGCAGUGAGCACGCCAUCUACUGUGACCCUGUCUGCAGCUGCCGGUGGAGGAGAGCCGCAGACCAAGGUUCCUCCGGCGGAUCGAUACGCAGCCCUGGCCGACUUGGACAACCUGUUCCACCAGGAGAGCCCGCAGCCGCAGCCACCUCUGCAGCCACCCCAGCCACCUGCUUAUCCGCAGGCCUCGGCAUUUGCAGUGCCUCAAGCGGCUGCCGCGACUCCCUCCAACCCAUUUGCGGCGGCAGCUCCAGUGUGGAACAUGGCAGCCCCCGCACAAUCCGCCAGCACGUCAUCAGCGUUCGCGACACCGAACCCCUUUGAGGCUGUGGCACCCACGGGAGGAGUCUUUGGCGGCCUGGACGGGAUGGUCGGUGCUGGCAGUGUGGGCGCAGGCGCCUCAGUGUUUGGUGGUUCUCCCAAUGGAUAUGCAUCGGCUGGCACGCCCCCGGUGGUACAGCAGAAAGGCAUUGGCUAUGUGGGUUGGGGCAACAGUGGACUGGCUGCAGCACCUGCUGGCAUUGUGGCACCGGCAGUAGGUCCUCCAGCAUGGCCUGCCAUGACAAGGCGGCAGGACCCAUGGCUGCAGAUUGGUCUCAGGUCGGCUCGCCAGCAGCAGCCAACCCUUUUCUGAGCGGUCCAAUUCCAAGAGCCAACUCCAGCAACCCGUUCCUCUGAUAGCAAGCCUCGUAAACACAACUACUGGAGGCACCCACCUACGAGUGGGAUAACGACCAGGAACGUGCUAGUAUGAAAAAAAAAAGGGGGGGGGGGGAAAGCGGCACCAUUUUUCUUUUCUAGUGCCCCAUUUUGCCUAGGUUGCACGUGUAGCUGUGUAUCUUUUUGCUGGACAAAGUGGACACGUUUUCAUUAGCGAGUAACAGUUUGCCUUCUCCAGCUGCUGUAUGCUUUUUUGUUCUUAUUUUUUGAAUUUUUUUAACUAAGUGCCACACAGCAACUUCUUCUAGUCUCUUAAUUUUUUUUUGCCACUGAGAGGGAGGAGCACAGUCAGUGAGCGAAAGCUGGUAGUAAAAGGGAAGUAAAUAGAAAACGUCCAGGGCGUCCUUCGUUUGCUUCCCUUUCUCUUGUGGGCAUCGAACAUUGGUGAGAAGCAUUAGUUCUGUCUAACCCUAUUUUGGUUUUCGUUGCUUUAAUUUUGUGUUGUGUGUGUUUGUGUUUUGUCUGUUGCACGUCUCACUCCCUCUCAUUUCCUGGAACUUUAUGUUGAAAGCCUUCUUUUUCUCUUUUGUGCACAGUAGAUUUUUUUUUAAGUAGGGGAAAAAAAGGGUAGAUGAAUUGGUGAGUAAGUUGAGCUGGUUGUGAAUGGUAGCAUUUCUUUUUUUUUUUUUGUCGUUCUCUUGUUUCUUUCUCAAAGCUUGUCCUUGUUCACAACCGUGCAUAACCUCUAGAAGGCAUAACAUUACAUGAGGCGAAAUGGUUUCUCGACUAUGCUUCCUGUGCGAGCCAUACUAUUUGCCAGACAAAAAAAUUUUGAGAUAAUCGAAAGAAAUAUUUGUGGGGCAAAAUUUUAGGAACUUCAAUAUAGACACUGAAGUCUUCAGUUUUCAUACCAUGUGUGAUAUUUCAUACUGUAUGCGGCAUGUGUUGCUGUGAACAGCAAGCCGAGCCAAAGGGUCGUUGAGGAGUUUGCACAUACAGAGAUUAAGGAACAUGGAAGUGCAAAGUUUUGAGGGCAUUCUCUGGCCCUAGCUUUGCUCUCCGUCAAGUGGGGGCAUUACGCCGCGCACUUUGGACGUUCGGACACCUAGAGAGAUGCAAAUGGAAUCCAGUGAACACCAGCUGUAGUAGCAGAUGCCAGGCAUGUUAAAAGCUGCUCAGAGCAUCCAAUUCUUCAUGUACAUAUUGGAGAUCUGUUUUAAAAGAUUCUGUAUCAUAUCUGUUAAAGUAUGGGAAUCAUGAGAAUGCUUUAUUGCAAUUUUUUGUCUGCAAUAAAUAGCAUAGCAUGCUUUCAUAGAA